AUGUCUGGGCGAGGAAAGGGAGGAAAGGGAUUGGGAAAGGGAGGAGCCAAGAGGCACAGGAAGGUUCUCCGAGACAACAUCCAGGGGAUUACGAAGCCGGCGAUUCGCCGUCUAGCGAGAAGAGGUGGCGUGAAGCGUAUAAGCGGCUUGAUCUACGAGGAAACUCGCGGUGUUCUUAAGAUCUUCCUCGAGAAUGUGAUUCGUGACGCCGUCACAUACACUGAGCACGCUCGCCGGAAGACUGUCACCGCGAUGGAUGUUGUCUAUGCGUUGAAGAGGCAGGGACGAACUCUGUACGGGUUCGGCGGCUGA